UGUGCGCGCAGCGCGGGUUCCGCGAGGGUCGCCCGGCGCUCCCAGGCGUGUUAGCCAUUGUGUGAGGACUUGUCGGCGGCUCCAUGUCCCCUGCCAGUUAUCCCGCGGGCUCCUGAGCUGCAUGGCCGCUUACUGCUGGAUGCUGAGCGGUCCCGAGUUCUGGCUAUUGGCCUAACUCUGGGCGGCAGUUACAGAGAUGUGUCAGAAAUGGAUGUGGUAACUGCAGGCCUGCAGGGUAAGUAUCCCCAGUGGAUGCUUACGGAGAGCCAGGAGGAAGCUUGUUUGGGGCAUAAAAAGAAGCCUGGUGCCCAGAGGAGUGUUCUGGAGGAUGGGCUGCCAUUCCUGGAAUUCUGUGGCUCUGUUGUUUAUAGCUAUGAAUCCAGUGACUGUUCUCUUCUUGCAGAAGAUAUCAGGCAGAGUUUAUCAGAUGGAGCUGCCGUUGGAUUUGACAUUGAGUGGCCACCAUCAUACACAAAAGGGAAGAUGUCCAAAACAGCUGUAAUCCAGAUGUGUGUCGCUGAGGACAGGUGUUACUUGUUCCACAUCUCCUCCAUGGCAGGUUUUCCCAAGGGACUCAAAAGGCUGCUCGAAGAUGAAACAAUUAAAAAGGUUGGCGUAGGAAUUGAGGGAGAUCAAUGGAAGCUGAUGAGUGACUUUGAAAUCAAACUGAAGAGCUUUGUGGAGCUGGCUGACGUUGCUAAUGAGAAACUGAAGUGUAAGGAGACCUGGAGUCUGAAUGGCUUGGUGAAGCACCUUUUUGGCAGGCAGCUGUUGAAGGAUCAGUCUGUCCGCUGCAGCAGCUGGGAAAAGUUUCCACUCAACGAGGAGCAGAAGCUCUAUGCAGCCACAGAUGCCUAUGCUGGCUACAUUGUUUAUGAAAAAUUGAAAAAUAUGAGUAAGAGUGACCGGAAAUUAUUUAGCGUGAGGAAAGAUGCCACGUCUGAGGGUGUGAGGGAGAGCUUGGCUUCCCUGGCUGAAGAGAUAACACACCUGGCUUCUCACAUCCCUGACUCUUCUGGACAACAGGAAAAUUUCCAGAGGGCUGCUGAAAUAGUAGCUGAGAUAUCAGAGAGCAUCAGUGCCUUAAAAUCCACCCUGCUGGGCUCAGGUUCCCCUUCUGGACUGGAGAGGAGCUGUGGUGCAAAUACAACAGUAUUUGAAGCCAAGUCAGCAAAUGUCAAAGCACAAAAAGCAGAAUGUGCUGAGCAACCUGAAGGUGACCUCAACAUCUGCUCUGAUGCUACACUGGCUGCCCUCUGGGAGGAAGAAAUGGGUGGAGAGGAGGCACAGAGAGGUAACAGUGCUCUGCAAAAUGGGGCUCCAGCAGCCAGAUUUACAGACAAAGAGGACAGAGAUGACUUCAUGUCCCUGGACAUUAGUGAGCAAGAGCUUCAGGUCUUGGAACGUCAGGCUGCCAAGGAAUUGGUCAGUGAAGUUGCACCUGAGGAGGCAUGUUCCACAGACAAUGAGCAAAACGUGUCCUGUGUCAUUGAGAGCGAUGAAGAGCUGGAAAUGGAAAUGCUGAAAUCUCUAAAAGAUGUAGAUGGUAGUGACGGAGUUUCACCUGAAGGAGAGCCCAGUAAAACUCCUGACACAGAAGUGGAUGUAGCACCAGAUGGUGAUGAAGAUGAAGGCAUUGAGGAAGAGGAGGAUGAAUAUUUUGAUCCGCUGCUGCCAGAACCUGGAGAAAGCCACAUCAUGUGUCUGAAGACCUAUUUUGGGCAUUCUUCAUUUAAACCGGUCCAGUGGAAAGUGAUCAAUUCUCUUUUGGAAGACAGAAGAGAUAAUCUUGUUGUCAUGGCAACUGGCUAUGGAAAAAGCUUGUGCUACCAGUUUCCUCCUGUUUACACUGGACACACAGGAGUUGUCAUCUGCCCUCUCAUCUCCCUGAUGGAGGACCAGGUGCUGCAGUUGACAAUGACAGGGAUUCCAGCUUGUUUCCUUGGUUCAGCUCAGUCGAAACAGGUCAGGGAUUCCAUCCUAGGGGGUCAGUACAGAGUCAUAUACAUGACUCCAGAGUUCUGUUCAGGAAACUUAAAGUUACUUCAGGACCUUGACCAAACUGUUGGUAAGUUGGAGAUAAGUGUGAAGCUGGGGCUUGUUUUGUGUCCCCCAGGUAUCACCCUCAUUGCUGUGGAUGAAGCUCACUGCAUCUCCGAGUGGGGCCAUGACUUCAGGAGCUCCUUCAGAAAUUUAGGCUCCUUAAAGAAGACUCUGCCAUCGGUCCCCAUUAUUGCUUUAACUGCAACUGCGAGUCCCUCGAUUAGAGAGGACAUAGUGAAAUGCCUGAACCUGAGGAAUCCCCAGGUCACCUGCACCAGUUUUGACAGACCUAACCUGUACCUGGAAGUUGGACAGCAAAGUGGAGACAUCAUGAGGGAUUUGAAGCAGUUCCUAACUAGGAAAGGAAGCAGUUCUGUGUAUGAGUUUGAAGGCCCCACUAUCAUCUACUGCCCUACAAGAAAGGCCACUGAGCAGGUGGUGUGUGCACUGAAUAGACUCAACGUGGCCUGUGGUACCUACCAUGCUGGGAUGGGGAACAAACAGAGGAGAGACACUCACCACCGCUUCAUGAGGGAUGAAAUUCAGUGUGUUGUGGCCACGGUGGCAUUUGGGAUGGGCAUCAACAAGGCAGACAUCAGGCUGGUGAUCCACUACGGUGCCCCGAAGGAGAUGGAAUCCUACUACCAGGAAAUGGGGAGAGCCGGGCGUGACGGGCUCCCCGCUGCCUGCCACGUCCUCUGGGCUGCAACAGACCUCCUCUGUAACAGGCGGCUGCUGAACGAGAUCAACAACGAGAAGUUCCGGCUGUACAAGCUGAAGAUGUUGGCCAAGAUGGAGAAGUACCUGGUGUCCAACAGCUGCAGGAGGAAAAUCAUCCUGUCUCAUUUUGAAGACAGACAACUCCGAAAGGUUUCCUCUGGCAUCAUGGGCACAGAAGAAUGUUGUGAUAAUUGCAGGUCCAGCAGCUCCAGCCUCGCAGUCCCCAGUGACUUUGACGGUGGAUUGCAGGACUUUGGGAAGCAAGCACAGCAGCUGCUGUCUGCAGUCACUGCCCUGGAUGAGAAGUUUGGGACCAAAAUGCCAAUUCUGCUUCUUCGAGGGUCUUGCUCCCAACGCUUGCCGGAGCGGUACCGGAGGCACUCCCUCUUUGGCUGUGGAAAAGAGUGGCCAGAGAACUGGUGGAAACUGCUCUGCCAGCAGCUGAUACUGGAAGGGUUCCUCAAAGAAGUCCCAGGCCAUAACAAGUUUGCAACCAUUUGUGUGCUCACCCAGAAGGGUAGAAAUUGGCUGUCAAAAGCUGGGUCUGCCUCAAAUCCAAGUCUUCUGUUACAGUCCAGUGAAGACCUUAAUUUGCAGAGACCUUCUACCAGCAGCAGUCAUUCGCCUGUGCUCUCCAGGCAGCGCUCCCCAGGCACAAAAGGAACAACACAAUCACCAGGCAAGCAGAUAUCUCUAUAUGAGAUGUUCUCCUAUAACAGAAAAGACAAAACUCCUCCAAGAAGCACUAAUAUGCUUAACAGUGUUGCAGGGCGCUCACCACUGAAAUCUCCUUUGAAGCCCCAAGAACCAGGUGUUUCAUCCCGAGAAAAAGAACUAGAGACUGCUCUGUAUGGCAAGCUGCUGACUGUUAGACAGAAGGUGGCUAAUGAGAAGGAAAUUCCUCCAGCUCUCUUGGCAACCAAUAAGAUCCUGGUGGAGAUGGCCCAGAUAAGGCCUACGAGCAUUGAGAACCUGAAGAAAAUUGAUGGUGUGUCUGAAGCCAAGUCCACCAUGUUGAUGCCUCUCCUGGCUGAAAUUAAGGAUUUCUGCCAAGUAAAUGGUUUGCAGACCGACACAUUCCCUACGUCUGAAUCAAAGGUUCAGAAAGAAGCAUCUCCCUGGAAGUGUGCUAGAGCCCUUUCUCCCUCAGAGGAGGUCACAUAUAUCCUGUUCCAAAAGAAAAAUUACUCUCUGGAGGCCAUAAGUGAGUGCAGAUCUCUGCCCCUUGCUGUGGUUGGCACUCACCUGUGCCAGGCCCUGAGAGCUGGCUAUGCUGUGAGCCUGGAGAGAGCAGGUUUGACUCCUGCAGUUCAGAGGGUCCUUAGGGACGUUAUCCACAGUCCUCCCAUUAACUCAGACACUGCCAAAAUUCAAGAAAUUAGAAAACUUACUCCUACAAAUAUUCAUCUGUAUCUGAUCAAGAUGAUGAUUGCACUAUUGGAGCAAGAGGAGAGAAAUAAAUCUCAGGAUGUCUUGGGUAUCAAAAGAAGGUUGGUGUGGCCUGAAGGGCAGCAGGGAAAAACAGGAGCAGAUCAAGAAAGCAGGCAAGGUGACUUGUGGAUUAAAAUACAGGUUAGUAAAAGGAGGUUAUAAAACUGUUCCUCUGUAAAAUCAUAUUUUCUUUGUAGGAGCAGACUAACAGAAUGUUGUUGGUGUUUUGAGCAGUGCUCUGUCUCAUCUUCCCAAUCCAUCUCUCGCUCAGUUUUGAGUAGAACUGCCUCCUCCUCAGAGGAGUGCUCAGAGCAGAAACUGAGGAUUCUUUUGGGACAAGUGUUGACCUAGGAAGAGGUCAGACCUGUGCAGCUUAGCUGUGAUUUGUUACAUACAUUACAAGUUCUUCCCAGUAUGAAAACUUGGAUAUGCUCAUUCCUUCCCAGCAACCGAAUCCAAGUUGUGCUCUUGCUUUGUUUCUGUGCGUUGCUACAUAACCAACCUGAUGUGGGAAAAGAGGUUCUCCUACUAUGCAGGAAAGUGAAGAGGAUGAAAAAUCCAGAGGCAAUUCCAGCCAGCAGUGUCUCAGCCCUUGGUUUCCCUAUAUUGCUUGAAACUGCUGGGCACAGCCUGAUGACAAGUGUCUCCUGAAGGACACGUCUUGGGAAAUAAGGAGGUCUUUGCUGUUUGAGAAAAUCCAGGAUAGUCUGAGCCCUCUGCUGGCCUCUGUGACCCCAAAUCCCAGCUCAGCGCCUUGUACAAAGGACACCUUGCACUGAGUGGCACCUGGUGGGAAUGGUCAAAAGAAAUAUCGUGCUCCAAAUCCUGCUACCUGUGCUGGGAUUUCAGAUCUGUUCCCUACAGGCCUUUAGGCUGAUUUCUUAAACGCUGGCUCAAACCACUUUUCAAGCAUGGCCAUUUGGCCAAUUUGAUUUUUGUGCUUCCCUGAGUGCUGUUUUGUUUCUGCAAUAUCUCUGUCAGAGCCUUCUUUUUCCUGCAGUUGACCUCCUGACAGUCCAAUUGUCUGAGCACUGAUCACACUUUUCCCUGCUACUGUUAGCUCCUGGAGCUAAUAGUGAGAAUGCCAUGCUAUUAGUAAUCAAAUUAACAUAAUCCAAAGGAAGAGACUGCAAAUCCAAAAACUAAUCCAAACAGUCUUUGUUUACUUCUCCUUUAGAAGAUAUCCUAGUUCUACUAAUUCUCUGUAGUGAACAGUUGUAAAUCUCUUAAUGGAUUUUCUUGGAUUUGAAUGGCCUGACAUUGCUGCUGCUUUUACAGGGUAAUGGGAUCAAUCCAGCAUCCAAGGAAGGAGCAGAAAAAACCCAUCUGCAUGUGGUGCCUUUGGCUUCGGUAAACAGAUGUUCUUACUCUAAUAAAGCAUGUGGUAAACUUGCCAUUAGUGAGGAUUUUGGUAACACAGGGAUGUGUAGCUGAUGCAAAAAUGUCAGCAUGACUGCUGCAACCUGUGAGCAGCAGGAUGAUAUAAAAAACAUGAGUUAAUAUCUCUGUGCCCACUGUGCUGU